CAUUAAUGUUUGCACAACGCCCCACUUAAUUUUAAGAAACGACUUCUCGUCUUCUUCAUAUCAAAAGUAAAAACAAGUUUUGAAAACAAUAUGGAGAACCCCGCGCACGUUUACACAACGGGGAUUCCAAUGUCAGAGAAAGGAAAUUUUGCUCAUAAUAAGUAUGGCUGCGAAGAUGGUGAGACGUUAGAUGAUGCAUCUCUUGUAAAAGCUGUUGAGCACGAGUAUCCAAAUAAUUCUCAAGAAGUUAUUUGUGAUUCCACCUCCGAGAACGCUGAUUACAUCAAUUCAAUUCAAGAUGGCUUCCAACAAUCUGAGAUCCUCUGCGGUUUUGUGUGUGAUGCCGGUCUGCAAUCUUCUGAUCUUCCUUUGGAAAACACAUCCAUGGAAGUGGAAUCAAUUCAAGAUUCGGACACUAAUAUUAAAUUUCCCGACUCUCCUGGAUCAUCAUUCCCAUGUAAAAUUGAAACCUUCUCGGCUAUUGAAGGUUUGGUACAGGGUUUUGACGAACAGAUAGACAAUUAUUUACUAUCAGAUUUUCAAAAAGAAAACAAAACAGAAUCCGAAGAUGGAUCGCACGCAUUAGAAGAGGAACAAAGAAAUGUAACUGAGGCAAUAUCUGCUAUUGCAAAGAGUUUUGGUUUGGAAGAUUUACUGCCUGAAAAUUUCCAAGUCGAUGAAAAUAAAGAUUUAACUACGGCAGUUGCAAGUGAAAAUCUUUGUGGCGAUGGAAGUGAUAAUAUUGGUGAUUUAUCUCUUGGCGAUUUUGAAAAAUGUGAUGGAUUGCAUUCUCCAGGGUCAUCUUUAGAUCUUGUUGAACAGUUACCUGAUGAUGCACACAAUUUUGAACUUGUUAAUAGUUUAGAAAUGCUGACAUCUCCUUCACAAUCUGGGAAUCAACCCUUAGAUCAGGAUCUUUCUUGCAAGUAUACGUCACUGAAAGAUGGUGAUAAAUUCUUUGUUAAUAGCAAAGACGAAUUUGAGUUCAAAGAAGAAAUGAAUACUUUAGUAAAUAAUGAUCCUAACAAUUGUGAUUUGUAUCAAAAUAAUAUCAUUAAGUCAGUGACAGAGGACAAUGCAAAUUUACCACCUGAUUUUAAAUUCAAAGAAUCUGAUUCUAACUGUGUUUCGCAAAUAAAUAAUUUAUGUGAGGUAGGUGAUGAACUUAUAUGUGAUAUACCUACUGUACGAAUAACGGAUGUUGAGGCUGUUGACUCUUCUGAUAUAAAUCAGAAUUGCUCAUCUGCAGGUACUGUUUUAAUCACUCGGGAUAAAGCAUCAAAAAAGAUGCAGAUUGUCUUGACACUUGAUCAAGGACAGCAAAUUUAUGACAUUGAAACAGAAAGCAUAGAUGUAAAUGAACAGUCUUUAGAUCUUGAUUUGCACAAUACACUUGCUGAAGAACAUUUCCAGAAUAGUGAGCAACAUUCUAUAGAGCUUAACGAUGGUGAUUCACAAGAAUUAAUAGAAUAUUCUGUUGAACAAGAAUCUGAUAAAAGCAAUGACUAUAUUGAAGAGGAUGAUACAAUGUCCUUUGUUCCUUCAACAUUUGUUGAACUUGUUUCAGAUGUACCAGUGACUAUUAACAAAGGAAGAAAAGGAAAAACCUGGGUUUGUCCUGUUGAAGGCUGUGGACAAAUUUUAGACAAGGAAUGUAAAUUGCGUGUUCAUAUGAUUACUCAUAAGAGUGGGAUUAGACCUUUCAAAUGUGAGUACGAAGGUUGUGAUUGGGCAUUUACUACUCCCUACAGGUUACGACGACAUGCUGAGACACAUUUAGGUUCCAAGGACUUCAUUUGUGACUUCGAAGGUUGCAACAGAAAAUUUACCACAGUAUACAAUUUAAAAACCCACAAAAAGCGGCAUAAAUGGCCAAACUCUUUAACUUGUCCUUCAAAAGACUGUAAAUUGAGUUUUGAUAACCGUAGAAAAUUAGAGUUGCAUCUAAGGGUUCAUAAAGAAGUUGAAGCCCCAUACAAAUGCUCAUUAUGUGGGAAACAGUAUUAUUCUGCUAACUGUAUAGCAUCGCAUUAUCGAACACAUCAAUAUAGCGAAGAUGAUUUCAAGUGUCCAUUUGAAGAUUGUGGGAAAAUAUAUGACAAAAUCUGUCGAUUGCGACAACAUAUCAGACAUCAUACUGGAGAACGACCAUAUGCUUGUCCAGCUGAAGGCUGUAAAUGGAGCUUUAUGAGUGCUAGUAAAUUGACUAGACAUAUGCGUAAACAUACUGGUGAAAGAAGAUUCACUUGUACUGAGCCAGGUUGUGGAAAAUCUUUCAUGCGGCCUGAACAUUUAAAAGGUCAUGUAGUAAUACAUUCUGGUGACAAACCAUUUCACUGUCCCCAUGAAAAUUGCAGUGCAAAAUUUACAGCAAAAUCUAGUCUAUAUGUUCAUGUUAAAAAGCAUUGUCCAAGUGUGUUGAAAGUAGUCUAUCCAUGUCCUAUUAGAUCCUGUGUUAAAAAAUACAACAGCAAGGCAACUUUGAAACAGCAUUUGCAGAAGUUCCAUCCUGAAGAAAUAGGUGAGGGUAAAGAAUUGAAUAUUUCUGAAAAAUUGGAAUUGACUAUGCCUGUAUCAUUGGUAAAUCAAAAUUCUGAAAGCUCAUCAGGAUAUUUAGAACUGGAUGAUGGUAUUGCUGAUGACCCAUCAGCUGAUUUGCAACUUCAGUUAUUUCAAAACUCGGAUGCCCUGAUGCAUGAAGAGGAAGAUACUUUUUCUUUAACUACUAGUUCACCUUCAGGCAAAGUAAAAAAGGUAAAAACUAAAGGUUCAUCAAAAUCAUCUCGAAGUAAAGCUCAAAAUCGGGCUUCUGUGAAAGUAAGUGGAAUGGAGAACCCUAAAUCUGUAAGGACUAGUGAAAAGUUAAUCCAAGAAAAUAGAAGUGGCUGUGCUCGUACAGAUUAUUGUUGUAAUCAUUCUUUGGAAUUGAAAAAACCUGAACAAACUAUUAACUUUGAGACAUUAAAUCAAAACAGUAUUGAUAAUCAAGAUAUUAAAAGUUUUCUGUCUAAUAGCCAGUUAAGUUCUGGAAUUAAAUCAUCUGAUGUAAUGCUCACAUCAUCUAUCAUUUUUCAUGAUCAGAGCUCUGAACAUUUAUUAAAAAGUAACUUUUUGCAUGAUGACUGCUCAACAAAUCAUAGUUUAUAUCAUGAUGAUAGUAUUUUGGCAAGUAGUUCAGCUUUUGAGGCAGAGCUAAUGCCAGUGUCGUUGUUGUCAGAUGGUGUUGAAAGUGAUGAAUCUGUUUUAAAUCAUUCAUCGAGUGUAGUUUUCUCUGAACAAAAUAGUGUUGAUGCUUUUGCAGAUUCAAUUCAUUUGUUAGAUUGAUGUUAAUUUUAAUCUAGUAUAAAAAGGGAUUGUAAAUAUUCUUUUGCUCAUUUUUACUUAAACUUGUUGGUGUGAUUAAAAAUUUUCACUUGUUGAAUUUUAUGUUCUCUUAACUUUAAGUUUGAUUUAUAUAUCAUGAUGAAUUUUUAUGGCAUUAAAUGUCAGUUUUUGAAAGUU